GUUAUGGCCACUCGCAACACUUCUCCUUAUGACGCUUUCUUGAAUGAGAGACCAUCUUCAGAGGAGCUAGCUCAAGUAGAUUUGAAAGGUUUUAAUGUGGUGUUAGGAUAUACUGAAGAAGCCUUCAGUGUUUUGCCCAAUGAAGAAAAGAUCAAGUUAUGGCUCAGCAAUGCUCCUAAUGCUACCAGAAGGGUUUUACUGGGGAAGUUGGAAAGAGAUUCAGCUAAAAAAUAUGAGGAAAGACUAAAGGAGAUUUAUGAAACAAGCUGUGUUGAUCAGUCAAGGGAACCAAGUUUAGAACAUGGGGAAAUUGUUCCGGGUAUGGUUGAUGAUGAACACUAUAUAGCCCAAGCUACAGAUAAGAACAAUGAUGGUGAUUCAGUUCUGUCACCAGGAGUUAAGUUUCGAGAAGGACAUGUAUAUAGGAGUGGUGCAAAAAAAUGUAAUACCAUUAUUGAACAUCAUGAAAUGAUGAAAGAUAAUUUUGAGGAAAUUAAUGUAAGAUUUCAAACGAUGAUUUUUGAAUUUCAAGAUAGUUUUUCUGAGGCUGGCAUACCAGUUGAGAAACUCUUGCAUUUUCUUACGUGUUUCCCAAAUCUUAAAGAUCAAUUGGAGCAGCUUACGGAGCCACGAAAAAUUCGUGACAUUAUAGAAGUGCUAAAGACAGAGUGCAGUAUCGUCAAUGUAAAGCCUUUUGAAACAUUGGCACGUUCAUUUAAUGUGGAAAAGGCAUCAAAGGUUGUCAGGGACUACAAAAAAGCAGUUACUGAGUUUCGAAAAUCAGUAUGUCAAUAUUGUCACUUUGACCAAGAAGUACAGCAAAAAAGUGAUGGCCGCCUUAAAGCAGCAUUUGUUAUGAGUUGGGAUGCAAAAGAUAUCCUUGAUGUUCUUAGGGAGUUGAAAAAUUGUCAUAUUCAAGUUGGGCGCAGUAUAACUAAUCGAUCUAUAGUAACCUGUGAAUGCCCUGUUACUGACAUUGUAUUACUGAUAGCAUUCAUUCUUGAGAAAAUAAAGAUUUUGAAAGAAAGAGGAUUAAAAGAAUUUUUAGUGGGAAAGUGCACCAUUUGGGACAGCACAGUUGAUGAGUUUUUGUCAGUUAUUAUGAAAGAAAAGAACAAAGAAGGUUUUCAGAAAGAAAUAGCAUCCCUGAAAGAACAGUUGGCUGCUAGAGACAGGCAAAUAGAAGAAUUUCAAACACUUCAAGGCUCACAAUUAUCAAAAAUAACAUCCCUAAAAAAACAGUUGGCUACUAGAGACAGGCAAAUAGAAGAAUUGCAGACACUUCAAGGCUCACAAUCAUCAGAAUUAGCAUCCCUGAAAGAACAGCUAGCUGCUGGAGAGAAGCAAAUAGAAGAAUUGCUGACAAUUCAAGGCUCACAAUCAUCAGUGUCUAAUAAUGAGAUGGUAACAUUGCAAAAGAUGAGUAAAAUGAAGGAUCGUGAGAUUGAGGAUUUAAAAGCUGCUUUAAAGAAGGCAUUGAACCAAAAUUCAACUAACCAUGAAGCAAUGGCAGGCCAAAUUGAGUGGCACAGUAGUGAGGUUCAGCUCACUUCUCCAUCAGAACAACAGUGCUCAGAAGUUCUUGCAAAACUGCAGGAUAAGCAUCAACAGGUUUAUCUCAGAGAGUCAUCUUCCAGCAUUGCAGGAUUGCUAAUCCCACCUUUGUUGCAGAGGAAAACUGUUCGAUGUCUUUACAUUUUUUCAACCCCACUGACACAUGAUUUUAUUUGCUCCUUAUCAUCACAAGUUUCAAAUAACAAUACAAUAGAGAGUCUAUGGCUGACUAACAACACUAUCAGUGAUGAUGGUGUUAUCACACUUGCUCAGUCACUAAAGCAUAAUACUCAUCUUCGUUACUUAUCACUUGGUUACAAUCCUGGAAUUACUUCAGCCUGUGCACAGUCUCUAGCUGAACUUUUAACUAUCAAUCGCUCACUUACUGUCCUUUAUCUUUCUCGCACUAAAAUUGAUACUGAGGGAGUAUUGCAAUUAGUAAAGUCUCUAAAGAGUAAUGAUACGCUUGGAAAACUCAUAUUGGAUGAAAAGCACAAACAAGCAUGCUCUGAUCAAUUCAUUUCUAAAAUGAAUAAGCUAGACUUUUCGUAUAAAUAUGCUGAUGGAACUCAUUUUUAAUUUUGAUAUGAUUUUGUAGUACCUACUGAUGUAUAGUUGCAUGUUGGCAAUUUGUAUUUUUAUAGUCGAACCUUUGAUAUGUGAUUGAUU